UGUUUCAGCCUUGCACCACUGAUGUAACGUUCGUUUCCUGCUCGGUGAGGGUCACACAUGAGUUCCGAUUAUAAAACUUCUCCUUUCAAGCUUUUCUCACAUCAGAGUUCAUAAUCUGAAGCUUCUCCUUUUAGUCAUUUAAGUGGUCGACAUUAAAAUGAUGCUGCGGACUCUGUGUCGAACCGGAAGCGCCUUUCUGCAGACCUCCCAGCGGUCGGUGCCCAGGCUGUGGGUGACUCCGGUCCAGCAGCGAUGGGCGUCCAGCCUUCCCAUGAACACCGUGGUUCUGUUUGUUCCUCAACAGGAAGCCUGGGUGGUGGAGAGGAUGGGUCGCUUCCAUCGGAUCUUAGAGCCGGGUUUAAACUUCCUCAUUCCCCUCCUGGACAGAGUUCGUUAUGUUCAGAGUCUCAAAGAGAUCGUGAUCGAUGUCCCGGAGCAGUCUGCAGUGUCUCUAGAUAAUGUGACGCUGCAGAUUGAUGGAGUGCUUUACUUAAGGAUCCUGGACCCUUUUAAGGCCAGCUAUGGAGUGGAGGAUCCAGAAUAUGCCGUCACCCAGCUGGCUCAGACCACCAUGCGUUCAGAACUGGGAAAACUCACUCUGGACAAAGUGUUCCGGGAACGAGAGUCCCUCAACUCCAACAUCGUCCACUCCAUCAACCAGGCUUCAGACGACUGGGGGAUCCGCUGUCUGCGCUACGAAAUCAAAGAUAUCCACGUUCCACCUCGCGUUAAGGAAUCCAUGCAGAUGCAGGUGGAGGCAGAGCGGAGGAAGAGAGCCACGGUGCUGGAGUCUGAAGGGACGAGGGAAUCUGCCAUUAAUGUGGCCGAAGGUCGGAAACAAGCUCAGAUCCUGGCCUCUGAGGGUGAAAAAGCAGAACAGAUCAACAAAGCAGCUGGUGAGGCCCAAGCAAUCUUAGCCAAAGCUGAGGCCAAAGCCAAGGCCAUCCGUCUGCUGUCAGAAGCUCUGGCUGAACAAAAUGGAAACGCAGCAGCUUCUCUGAGUGUAGCUGAACAGUACGUCUCUGCUUUCUCCAACCUGGCCAAAGAGUCCAACACCAUCCUUCUGCCCUCCAACACUGGAGACAUCAGCGGGAUGGUCUCACAGGCUAUGACCAUUUACGGAGCGCUGGCAAAGACGAGCCCCAGAACACCAGCAGGAGGAGUGGAGGAGACCAGCGAGGACCUUCUGAGCCUGUCUGGAUCUCCUCCAGAGCAGAGGACUCAGUGAAGGAACUGGAGAUCAUCACCGAAUCGGAAGCAGUUUGUCACCAGGGCUCCCAGGCGUAGCUGUGCUUCUACCGACAGGACAGAAGGAAAAACUGCCAACUCUAUGAACUCCUCGCUGCCUUGCCCUGGUGCCACAGAGAAAACCACAUCUUCUGAGAGGAUUCCUGGUCUUCACUGACUGUUGUUUAUGUCUAAUUGGGAAUUAACUCCAGCCGAGUAAGCAGGACUCUGACAGAGCCCAGAUAUGGAUGCUAAAAUAAGCCCUGAAUGUUUUCAGUUUGUGAUGAAAUCCAUCAUUCCUGAGCAGUUUCUUCUCCUAAUGAUUUCUAGAUGUGUGACUGCAUAAACCCUCCACACAAAGUUCAUGUGAAAUUUUAUGUUUAUUGUUGUUUUCCUUUUGAAAGCUGUUUCCAGGGCCGGCCCAAAUCCAAGGGGAUCCUAAGGGAACACUAGUGCUAAUCACAGUUAGCUCAGGUAGUUUAUCUCCAGAAAUCACUGACAGAUCUUUAUCCUCAGCAAUAGGACCUAAUGAUGUCUAGCUGGUUCCUCAGAUCUUUAUCUUCAGCAGUGGACCUAAUGAUGUCUAGCUGGUUCCUCAGAUCUUUAUCUUCAGCAGUGGACCUAAUGAUGUCUAGCUGGUUCCUCAGAUCUUUAUCUUCAGCAGUGGACCUAAUGAUGUCUAGCUGGUUCCUCAGAUCUUUAUCUUCAGCAGUGGACCUAAUGAUGUCUAGCUGGUUCCUCAGAUCUUUAUCCUCAGCAAUAGGACCUAAUGAUGUCUAGCUGGUUCCUCAGAUCUUUAUCUUCAGCAGUGGACCUAAUGAUGUUUAGCUGGUUCCUCAGGAUGCUGGAAAGUUCCCACAAAUGUACUUGGUCCAUGUAAUAUUGAAACAUUAUCUCCCUAAAAGGCUCAUUGUCUUUAGAUGUAGUUUUAGUUUCCGCUCCAUAACUCAGUAGUAUAAAAGUCCCUGAGAUGUUCCUCUGCAUAUUAGCAUUCACCUCACCUGUCUUAUGGGGUUUAUUUAUUACAUUUAAUGGUGCACAUCACUGAAGACUCUCAGGAAGUAAAGAUACUUGAGAUGUGGCUGGAUGGGAAUGUUAGGAAGUGCUUGUUUAAAAAUACACAACAAUGUUGACUGUCAAUGAAAACCUCACAUAAUGAUUAGAAAAUGGAUGAAUUUGUGUUGGAGUCGGUGUUUGGGUUCAGCAAUGACAGUAAAAGACUUAAAAAAAAUAAAAUAAUGUUAACCAUA